CAAAAUACACACAUCUAUACACAAAAAGUCAGACAGUAGGGGCUGGCUGACAAAAUCAGGAUAUGACAUCAUGCCCAGGAAGAAAAGCCAAACAACUUUCCUCUCUGCUUUUCGAGUCUUAUUUGUUUUUUAGCUCAGUCAGGUUUUUUUGAUCCAUUCCUGAGACAAAACUCUUUAGACAAUAGUGUAAUCCAAGUACUGCUAGCUAGAGCUGUCCUGAGCUUUCCCAUAGAUCCCACAGCAUUCCAAGCAUUCAAGACGGGACUUAAGCCAGGUAUUGUGGGAAAGAUCUGUUUUUUCUUUUUGUCCUACAUAUUCUCUCUCAUAAUUUCAUCAGUUGAUGAAACAGGAGACUUCAUCUCAUCCAUCCUGACAUUUCUGCUGGAGAUUCUACUACUAACUCAAGCUUUGGAAGCAUGGCUCUGUGCCUUGGCCAAGUGUUCAGCAAAGACAAGACAUUCAGGCCUCGGAAGCGCUUUGAGCCUGGAACGCAGAGGUUUGAGCUGUAUAAGAGAGCUCAGGCAUCACUAAAAUCAGGGCUGGACCUCAGGAAGGUUGUCCAGCUACCUGAGGGAGAAAACAUUAAUGACUGGAUUGCUGUGCAUGUUGUAGAUUUCUUUAACCGCAUCAACCUUAUCUAUGGAACAGUCAGUGAAUUUUGCACAGAGAGAACCUGCCCGGUCAUGUCCGGAGGCCCUCGCUAUGAGUACAGAUGGCAAGAUGGAGACCAUUACAAGAAGCCCACCAAACUCCCAGCCCUUCAAUAUAUGAACCUGAUGAUGGACUGGAUUGAGUCGCUCAUCAACAAUGAGAACAUCUUCCCUACACGCAUAGGGGUUCCUUUUCCGAAGAACUUCCAGCAGGUCUGCAAAAAGAUCCUAAGUCGGCUUUUCCGUGUGUUCGUGCAUGUUUACAUCCAUCACUUUGACAGCAUUUGCAACAUGGGAGCUGAGGCUCAUGUCAACACCUGCUACAAACACUACUACUUCUUCAUCUCUGAGUUUAGUCUCAUCGAACACUCUGAGCUGGAGCCACUGAGACCCAUGACAGAACGGAUCUGUAACUGAUGCAAGAGGACAUUGAUGUACAGUCUGUUACUGUACGUUCAUCAUUCAAUGAUGCAUGCUUGUCAUAUUUUUGAAACUUUCAUUUUUAAUAUAUUUACUAUGAGGUUUUCCUUAGUAGGAUGUCAUCCUACUCAUUGAGCCUAAGGGUAGAGCUGUGUAGCUGACUUGAUAUUCCAAAAAUGUGUUUUAUUUUAAUGGUUAAAAUAUGCUAUAUGAGCCAAUAUCAGUAUAUUUCUGUUCUGUUUUCUUUCUGUUAAUUUUUCUGAUCAUACUUGCCUUUUUUUUCAAUUUGAUUGCUUUGUAUUGCUUUUUAUGUGAAAGGUUUUUAUGCAGCAUUUGGAUGUGCUUUAAAAAAAAAAUUUUUCCCUUGAGGUGAAAACUGACUUGUCCUUUGUGUUUUCUGGAACCAUGCAGAGACAUGUUAUACACCUGGGUACUCAGCUUGAAACACCACAUUCUUGUUAGUGCAAAAACCACUGCCAAAGAGCUGACUGGGGCAUUUAUUUCUCUUGCAUGUGUCAUUGAUAUUAUGUGAAUGCGUACUGUUUUUGUAUUAUUUUAUUUAUACAUUGUUUCAGAACCAUAUAUAAAUUAAAUCGUUAUCCUAAGAAUUUAUUUUUAAAAACACCUGAACAACUAAGCAAACUGUUUUACUUAAUCUUUCUGCUCUUAGUGUUAAAAAGGGCUUUACUGCAGCACAACCAAGUAUUACCACUAUUUAAUAUAAUAAAUUAUUGUCUGGCUAUUAGAUUUGUAAAAUUUGCUGUAAAUAUAAAAAGACUAUGUGAGUGUCAAAUAGAUAGAAUUAGCCAUGUAAAAGACAGGCGAUAAUUUGUUGCAUCUUUUGUAAUUUGUUGUAUCUUUACUGUGUACAUAGAAUUUCAGAAAGCUCUUGCAUGAAUUCAUUUUUAUUUGUGCUUUUUGACAAUUUUUGUAUUAUACUUUUUAUGUUCAACAUAUGUUCAAUAAAGAGAUAAAGAUUUGAUAA